CAGAUAGGUAAGAAUGCUAAGGUCUUUUCGUUUUAUUUUUUAACAAAUUUCACAGGGGAAAAGUGACGAUGCAGUGAUGCAGUUCUAUUAAACAAAAUUGAAAUUGGUUAUGGAGGCAUUAAUUACCAAUUGCGCAAAUAUUUAAAAUCCAUUAUAGAUCAUGUUUCUUCUCUAAUUUAUUUAUAUUAAUAUGAAGAAUUUUGAAUGAUACAGGCAAGUUGGUUUGAAUGUAAAACAUGUUUUAGAUGUUAUCUGCCACCGACCAUGCUUCUUUAAAAUUAAUUAUUGCUUGCGUGUAUUCGCCAAAAUAUUUUAGGACCCCUUCUUUGUAAAUUGUAGUAAUUUAGUUCAGAACAGACUAUUUUAUAAAGCGGUGUACCCAUUACAAUCAAACGAAGGUGAUAGCAAUAUUCUCCUCAAAAAAACACUACAACAUUAUGUCCAAACAAGACUAGCAUAGAUGAAAAAAUCUGAAUGCCUAUACCUCGUUCUACUAUCCAAACUAGUAGUAAGCAAAAAAAUUUUCGCAAUGAUAUAAUAUGCGAACAAUAUGGAUUUGUUACUUGAGCCUAAGAAUGCAUUCAUUGACCCCGCAAAUCAAUUUGUCAAUGACUCCAUCACUUCACUUUAGCAGAAAAUAGCAUAUUGCUCCUUUUAAGAUGGUAUUAGAAAAGCAAAAAGCAAACCAAACUAAAAAUUUAUUUAGGGAUGAAAAAAAGCCCACAUGAGAUGCAAGAUCGCUACGAAACAACCUCACAAAUCCUGAAUUUUUGAACUAUUAUUUAUUUAUUAUGGAUUCGCUGGGUCUGUUUAAUGUCAUUUAAAAUUCUAUUAUAAUUUUUCUUGUUUUAGUUUUUAAUCUCGGAAGAUAGUUUGUUAAAGUGUUUUUACAAUGUCGAAACGUAGCUACGAAAAGAAAAUUCUAGAAGAGCAGGAGGCAACAGCCCAUGUCUUCCAAGAAUUUGUCAACACUUUUCAAGAAGAACCUUGUUCUAUCAGUAAGACUUUUGUCAAGUCCGGUGUAUUAUUUGCUCAAAAUUGUGAUUUUAAAACAUCUAGUGGACAAUUAUACUUACCCAAACCUCUAAUUCUUUCCGAUACUCUUAGCAAAAAUGUCUUAGAGUGCGCUCGUAUAUUAAAAACUGAGCCUCUCAGGCCCAAAAAACGUGAAAAGUUAAAAUCCAACUUGGAGACUUUGAAGGAAGAGUUGAAACAACGUCAUUUGAAAAGAAAUGAGAAAGAUAAACCCAAUUUCGAACAACCGACCGUUGCGGGAUUUCCCCCUGAAGUGGAAUCUAAUUCAACUAACUUGUUCAUAGCUAAUUUAGACCCCAAAAUAACAGAAGCCGAACUUAUGAAGGAAUUUGGUACAUUUGGUCCCCUAGCCAGUGUAAAAAUAAUGUGGCCAAGGGGUGACGAUAGAAGUCGUAGUUCCAACACAAACUGUGGAUUUGUAGCGUUUAUGAGUAGAAAGGAUGCCACUAGGGCUCUUGACUACAUGAGAAACCGACAAGAUAUGCGCAUUGGGUGGGGUAAAGCGGUAGAACUCCCUUUGAACCCUAUCUAUAUCCCUCAAGAGCUGUUGCAACAGUAUUUGCCUCCGCCUCCAUCUGGCUUACCUUUCAAUGCUCAGUCUGAAUGUAACAGUUCAAGUGACACGGACUUGGCAGCUUCCCUUAGUAACUCAGUAGUUAAGGUCACAAUCCCUUUUAACAGAAAAGUCCUGAUGCUUGUUAAUAGAAUGGUCGAGUAUGUUAUAAAAGAAGGACCUAUGUUCGAAGCUAUAAUUAUGAACAAUGAGAUAGGGAACCCGGAAUACAGUUUUCUAUUUGAUUACAAAUCGCCUGUACAUGUUUAUUAUCGAUGGCGGUUAUUUUCAAUACUUCAAGGCGAUUGUGUUAAAAACUGGCGUAUGGAACCAUUUCGGAUGUACCAGGGCGGCUCUAUUUGGGUGCCCCCAAAAACUCCCGACUUUUCAAAGGGCAUGCCCGAGAAUUUAAUUAGUACAGGUUUUAAUGAUGAUUUAUCUGAAAAUCAGUUGCAACGUCUUAAUGCAUUAAUUCGGCAGCUGAGUAUGGAGAGAUCGUCAAUUGCUGAAACUAUGAUAUUUUGUGUCAACCAUCUGACCGCUAUAAAAAGCUGCUUACAAAUCAUUCUCGAGUCUCUACACUCGAAAACGGCCACACCUUCGAAGUUGAUAGCGAGAUUGUAUUUAUUCUCAGAUGUUGUUAGCAAUUGCCGGCAAAGUGUAAGUUUGGCUUACUUGGAACCAGAAAUGGGUUGUGUAGUAGAAUAUUUUUAUAAGAUUUUUGGUAAUAUUAAAUCAACAUUGGACAAGGAGCUGUUUAAAUCGAAGCUGAGACGAGUUUUACGCCACUGGGAUUAUAUUGCUCUUGUUUCACGAGUCUCAUUUCAAAAGUGGGAUGCGCUUUUUGAUGAGCAUGAUAGCUCGAGUACCUCGAGCAAUGACGAACCCUUGGAUGGCGCAAAUUUAUUAAAACGUUCCCUUAAAUGUAACAGCAACGACUGUGUAAUAAAGCCCAACGAAAGACCGGUUUCUCAAAAUAUACCUUCUCACUAUUUUGUACCGUCAAAAUGGGACACUUUGGAUUCUGCCGCGCUGGAAACGCAGGCGGUGUCUUCAGACAUGAUCUAUAGAAGCAGUUUGGGUAAAUCAAACAUUCGCGAUCAUACGACAGAAGAACAUUGGGAGAAAAAGGACACCAAAAGAAAAAAAUCAUCAAAACAUCACAAGGAGGGGAAGGAACGAAAGAAAAAACGUUGAAAGCAAUCAAAUUAUAUUUUUUAUUGUUUUAAAGUUAUAGUGUUCUUAAACUUCUUGUUAUUUAUAAAUAGUAACAAAUUGUAAAAUUCAAUGCGAAUUUGACUUUUAUAGACCUGUAAUCCAAUCAAAGGUUUUUUCGUAGUUAUAAAGUUGCUUAGCCAAUUGUUUGUUGUUAUUUUCUCAAUAAUCUAUCGAUUGCAGAACAUCCGUAGUGAAUGAUUGAGGAAUUAAUUAAAAAAGAAAAUACCAAUAACCUCAGAGGCUUUAAUCAAAUUAUCUUUUUGGAAAUAACCAGUAGAUUGGCUAUAUCAACAGGAAUAGGAACUUGAGAACUUGCUUCAGUACUUAUAAUUGUUUUAUAAUGAACAAUAGUUUUUAAUUAACAUCUCGAAAGUGUAUGAUAUUCUUGUGUUAUGGUAAAUUGGUUGAAGUAGGCAGGCAGUAAGCUUUGUUACAGCUAAGCAUAACUUUUACUUGGCGUGUACUACUAAAUUGUUGUACUAAAUUGUGGUGAUAGUAGUAGUAGCCAAUUUCCUCUUUAUUAUCUAAUUUUGCCUUUCUUUUUGCAGUAGGCAUGG